AUGGAUGCUAUUGGAUCUCUCGAAACUAAAAGCGCACACACGACGGGUGAUGACAUUCAGCACCAUACGAAACAAGAGUAUACGGUGGGCAAAAACGACAAGACACAAAACUCGUUUUACGACUGCCCAACGGCGGCAUGCUCCAUCGCAUCCGUCAGUGCUCAGCAGGACCAAGACGACCAGUUCGGCCCUAACAUCACCAAGGCUUACAGCCUUGAGGAUAUAGAGGACGAUAGGGUAGGCAUUGCUGAUAACACGACGAUUGAUAGUGCAACACUUCUUGAGCAAGACAAUAACCAACCCGAAGAGAAAUCGGUUUCAUAUUCGGCCCUGCAAAGAGCAAGGGGCGGAUAUUUUGCAGGCUCUCUGGGAACAUUAUACCAAGGAUCACCAGUUCUUACAGAACGACCAAAGAAUUUUAUAACCCACACGCAGAUACGUGAAAACACAAAACUAAAUGAACACAGCCCCAACCUAAGGACUCUGAUGAUGCCAGCUUGCACAACUCCUACUGUGGCUGUGCCCGAGGGUUCUUUGAAGAACGAAUCAUUACCUAUUACGGCGGGGGUAGAAUCAGCAAUCAGCAUACAUAUGGAUUCGCCAGUUAAAAUUACCAGCCAAUGGCAAACGAAGAGCGACACUACAUCUCCUGUAACUAGAGGCAGCGCAACCGCGUCACCUGCAGUCAAGGAUUACUCACGUGCUGUGGAGUGCGGAAAUACCUCUGAGACGUCAUUUGUUCACGAGGGGUACGACACUAUACAGGUACCUAGGUACCGACCUAUUGAAGUUGUAGACAAAGUGGUAGAGGUGCCGGCAGUGCACCACGUAGAUACAUACGUGCCUAAAAAGGAGAUUCAGGAAAUAGAAAGCAUUGUCAAGAAGCCAUACAUUAAAUAUGUAGACAAAAUCGUAGAGGUACCGGAAGUACACUACACCGAUAAAAUCGUUGAAGUCCCGGAAUACCACGAAAUCACAAAAACAGUAACAAAAGUGGAGGUACAGGAACGUGUCAAAUAUAUGCCAAAGGUGGAGGUAAAGGUCGUUCCUAAAUAUGUAGAAGUCCCCGUCAUCAAGAUAGUGGAUAAAUAUGAAGAAUACGAAGAGGUCGAAGAGAUUAUUAAGGAGGUGGAGAAGGUGGAAAUUGUAGAAGUUCCACGGGAAGUGGUAAAACAUGUGGUCAAGCCUGUUAGGAAGAUCAUCGAACAAGAGCGUAUAGUGCCUAUUACAGAGCACCGGGAUGUACCCGUAGAAAAGGUCAAGUUUGUACCAAAGGUAGAGACCGUGGAACUCAUACGUGAAAUUCCAAAAAUCAUUGAUAUCCCCGUGCCGUACAACGUUCCCAAAAUUGAGUACGUUGACAAACCUUAUAUUGUGCCGCAGUAUCGUGACGUGCAAGUGGCCGUACCAGUGAGGAAGAGGGUGACUCCUGUCUAUCAUUACCAAGGUGAACCUGAGAUAGUAGAUGUACCAGUACACAAGCCAUAUUUUGUUAUACACGAUCAUAUAACGUUCAAACCUGCAGCGCGGCCAAUUGCCGAAAACAUUAAGGUGGUGGGUGCGAGACCAGUAGACCUCGAUACCCUAAGUGAGGCGGAUAGACAAGAUGCCCAGGAAAGGAUGCAAAAGGCAAUUAUAAAGACAGAAGAUAGUUGUGGCGAAACAGCCAUUACAUACCAACAGAUGCAAAAUUCGCCGUCGGCUAAAACUCAAAAUACAGAGGUGCACCCAUGCUUGUCUAUGCAGAGACCAACACAGGCUUGGUCACAUGGGAUGGAACUGCCCAUACCUGAAAUGACAACCAACAGGGAACCACAAUUCGGAAUGCCCAGGACACCUCCGAGCAAAGUCGACCGAAGUAAAGGGUCGAUUGAAACCAUAAUAUACCGGAACACUCCUAGAGCGUCUCUUUCCCCGGUGUCCGACAGUGGCAUGGUGGACGUAUAUCCACGCUCCAACAAUACCACUCCCAGAAUGACAUUUUGA